AUGGCAGAGUCAUUUAGUGCUGAGAUUGGAAAGUCAGCCCAGGCUGUUGGGGAAGCUUUUCAUUCCAGUAUAUCUUGCAGUGGUGGUGGUAAUUUUUCAAUCACUAUCAGCAGUAACAGUGCUCAAGUUGUAAAAUACGUGUGCAUCACUGCAGUUUCAUUGAGUGCUGUUUACGCUGGAUAUCAAUUAAUGGGAAAAAAGAUGGAUAUCGAUAGUGCUGUCACUCGAAGUCUUGGCGGAGAGCGAGAUGACCAGGAAAUUCGGGAAAUUAAACCUGGCUCACUACAUGUCCUACUAAGCUGUUUUACGGACCAGAGAUUCCUAGAAAUUUUGGAGGAUUACGAAUGUGGAAGAAUGAAAGAACGCUUGGAAGAAGAGUUCGAAAAAAUUGGCAUUGAAGUGGAAGGAUUGAAGGUUGAGAUUGAUAACAUGGAAGAAGUCAAGCAACGUAAAGAAAUAAUGUACGAAGUUUUAGUUAAGUCUAGUUGCGAUACAUGUUGUUUUCCCUGUUGAUACAGUCAUAUAGAAGUAACUAUAAAAGCCGGCAUGCAAAACGAGAGCUCUGGAAAUUGUGUACGAUGUUAUUAGGUCACAGUAUUUUAAUCUUUUUUUCUAAUUAUGUAUAGUGUUAGUUCCAAAAAGAAUAAGAAAAAUGAGGUGGAAAAUGUUGGUAUAAAAGCUGGAAUAGGUGAAAAACCUGAGGUAAAUAAAUUUAAAUACGUCAAGACAAGGUAAAACGAAGUAAUAAAUUACCCCUUCUGAAUCACAAUCAAAUGAAUAAUUCUCUGGAUCGAGUUUAUAUAUGUUCUCGAAUAAAUGAGUCCAAACCUUAACUGCGCAAUUAGAAAAUUCUGCCUGCUGUGGCUGGUUUUUUGAACCCCGGACCUCUGAAAUUCUAGCUCGACGCUCUUCCAAAUAUAUGUAUUAAUUUUAAAGAAUUUUUGAAGGCCCACUCGCAGACGUUUUGACAAACCAUGCAAUUAACUGUGACGAAAGCUGUGAUACGCGGUCGAAAAUUCAGUUCUUUAAUUUAAUAUUUACUAUUUAAAACACGAGUAGGAGUGUUUUAUCAGAUAUAAAACGCGAGGCGCAGCCGAGCGUUUUAUAUCUGAUAAAACACGACAACGAGUGUUUUGAAUAGCUUAAAAUACGACUACAAAAGAAUACUAAUUAGGAUGAACCAUAAUAUAUAAUCAUGCUAAUUAAGAUGAACAAUUAUAUAAUGCCACAUGUGUUUUAUCAGAAAUAAAGUCACUCCACGUGACAUAUUAUGGCUGACAUGAUUUGCCACAAGGUUUAUGAAUUAUUAAUGAGUAUUUUAAAUGAAUUAUUAAUGAGUAUUUUAUUGUAGAUAAAACAACUCAUGUCGCUAACUGGAAUAAUACUUGAUGUUUCUGGUUCUAUGAAGAGGAACAUUGGAAGCGGUACUGAUGAAGAAGGCGGACCAUGGGUGCAAUCUAUAUUCAAUGUUAUCGAUGACCUUAUUGAACAUGAUCUUACAUCUGAGGAUCGUGUCUUUGCAAUAGGCGUCGGUGCAGAAUGUCCCGGCAAAGAAAUAUUUGAUGUUAUUGCAACUCUUCAACAAUUUGAAAACACGAACAUGCCUGCAACUGAAGACCACAUCAACGAGAUCCUUGAUAUUCUCGAGAGAAACGGUGCACGCAACAUACGUAAUUGGGCCUGCAAUGUUAAACUGAUUCAAGAUGUACUAUCUGAAUAUAUGGCAACAUUGACUCUGCGAGAAUUUGAGUCGGACAAACAGUUUGUCAAAAAAUUUGUGGACGAGUUUUUACCAUCCAGUUGUCGUGAUAAAGUACAAACAGCAUCUCAUGCUGGCGGCGGCCAACCUCGAGCCCAACCUCAAGCCCAACCUCAAACCCAGCCUUUCAAUCUGAGCGAGAGGAGCGCAGAAUUCCAUUCAAUCGCGAACCUUCGGCGGCGAACCGGCCAGGCUCUCUUUCUCGAUCCAGAAACUGCCCGAAUGACAUUCACGAACCAGGGCUUUCAUUUUCAAUCCAGAGGAGCGCAGAAUGACAGCCUGGAUUCAUGGGGUUCAUGGUUGUUUGGCGGCGUACUAUUUGGUCUACGUAAAGUAGGGAACGGGGCAGAGGAUGCUACUUCAUGGACAGCUAGUUGUUUUAAAUCAGCUACAAGAGAGGAUAUCGAAGAAGUUGUAAGAAAGGCAAAACGAUAUUUUGAAGAUGCCUCGCGUAUUUUAAAGGACAUAGGAACCCACUCAAUAUUCAGUGUGCAAGAUGCCUCUCGCAUUAUUCGUGGAUGCGUCGGUGAAAAGGAACUUAACGAACUUUCUAAUGAGCGGAAACAAGAGUUGCUUGAGAACGUGGAGCCUUUCAUUUAUGGCGGAACACCGUUGUAUGGAUCUCUCGAAAAGGCGAUAAAGCUUUUCGAAGGAGACACGUCUGAGAACAAAUUGCUUUUCGUGCUAUCAGAUGGAGAGCCUGCAGACGGCAGUAUUAAAGAUAUCUCCAAGAUCAACCAAAUUACCUCCAAACUAAAUGAAGCAGGCGUCAAAACAGUGUCUUGUUUUAUCACUGCAUCCACAAAUAUUGAUCCAAAACGAUUGUACGAUGAAAUGCCACCUGAUUGGAAACCUGGACCCAAGUUUCUGUUUUCAUUGAGCUCUGAAGUAUCAACGCAGCAUCUGCCACGAGCCAUUUUAGUCAAACGUGGUUGGACGAUUGAUGUUGCCAACAAUGAAACAAAGUUGUUCAUGCAAGUCAAUCAUCCGGAUAACGUAAGGUAA